UCCUCAUUCUCACUACGGAUAAGCUCCCGCUUCCGAUCCCAACACUCCGAUCAGCACUCGCCUCCCGUCGCCACCUCGCGUUCCCCGAUUCGACGCAUAUACCCAUUCCUCUGCUCCGCCGAAGCCCCAUCUCUGAAUCCUGACCGCCGCCGCAAGCCCGCAAGCGGAGCCAAUGGCGCUCCUCGCGCCGAGCCCCCGCGCGCUCUGCGUGCGGGAGGCCGCGUCGCCGCACCCGCACUCGUCAGCCGCUUGCUCGACCGUCGGCGGCGAGGCGGCCGGGCGGGCCCUGUGGGUGUGGAACGGCGGCGGGAGGGGGAGGAGGAGGGAGCGCGGGGAGAGGGUCAGGGCGGCGGCCUACUUCUGGGACGUGUCCAAGCCGGUGGAGAUGGAGGAGAUCGACAGCAUGAAGAAGCUUGACGACGCGCUCAGGUGGUCCGUCGAGAACAACCAGGCCAUCAUAAUUGACUGGAUGGCUAGUUGGUGUCGGAAAUGCAUUUACCUGAAGCCUAGAAUUGAGAAGAUAGCAGGAGAAUAUCCAGGAGUCAGGUUUUACUUUGUUGAUGUCAAUAAAGUUCCACAAGCAGUGGUAAAAAGAGGGAAUAUAACUAAAAUGCCCACUAUUCAGUUAUGGAAAGAUGGAGAAUGGAAAGCAGAGGUAAUAGGAGGCCAUAAAGCUUGGCUUGUGAUGGAUGAGGUUAGAGAAAUGAUCCAGAAGAACAAGUAACUAAACACCCAAGGCCCAAGCAGUGCAAUUGAUAUUGUACUGCAAAAUGUAUAUAUAGAGAUGUCAGCUGAUCUCUUCAUAUGCUAAGUCAGCAAUCAAAUCAAUAAAUCUAUAUUUCAGCUCCUUAUCACAGCAGAGCUGGUUAACAC